CUGAAACAACAAGAAGCGAGCACAGACACCUAACGUUUUGCAUAAACUCGUGCCAAAUAUAUUGAAUAUUGGCUCUAGGUCAGAACAUGUUUGUCAUGUACCUUCUGUUAACGUGGGUUUUACUGAUUUCAAAGUUGUCAUGUACCUCAACAGAAAAGUUGCCAGUUAUUAUCUGGCACGGGAUGGGCGAUCGAGGAACGGGUAUGGGUAUACUGCAGCUAGCUAAAGCGAUACAAGACGAAAUACCUGGAACAUAUGUCAAAUGCAUUACCACCAGCGACUCAGUAAUUCAGGAUAUUGAAGAUACAUAUUUCAUGCCGAUCAAUAAUCAACUGGAUUAUGUUUGUCGUAUGAUACAUGAAGAUAAAAACCUAUCUAAUGGUUUACACAUGAUUGGUAUAUCACAGGGUGGAUUAUUUGUCAGAGCGUUAGUUCAAAAAUGCAACUUAUCGAAAGUCGGCACAGUUGUUUCUAUUGGAGGACCUCAACAGGGUAUAUUUGGUAUACCAAAAUGCACUAUUGAUGGCUUUAUUCAUUUGUGUUUAUUAAUGAACGAGCUACUUUCAUAUGGAGCCUAUAUUAAAUUUAUUCAGAGCCACGUUGUUCAAGCUCAAUACUGGCAUGAUCCAUUGGAGGAAGAUGUUUAUCGCAAAUACUCUCAAUUUUUAGCUGAUAUUAAUCAGGAAAACGAAAUAAACGAAAUUUAUCGUGAAAAACUGAGAAAUAUUCAAAGACUAGUAUUGGUAAAGUUUUCAGGUGACACUAUUGUAAUCCCAAAAGAAUCUGAAUGGUUUGGAUUUUAUCAGAAUGGAUCAUCGACAAACAUAACAGCAUUACAGGACAGUAUUCUGUAUACUGAAGAUCGUCUAGGCCUCAGAGAACUUAAUAAAAGGGGUGAUUUACAUUUUAUUGAAAAAGAUGGUGAUCAUUUACAGUUUGAUGUGAAUUGGUUUAUUGAAAAGAUUGUUAUUGCUUUUCUGAAAUAAUUUCAAUUAAUAAAAUAUACACUACUUACUUCGUAAACUUUAGAGUAACAAUAAUAUUAUUUUUGACCAAUCAAUGAACACAAUUCACUGAACACAUAAAUCAUUCUUGAUUUUAACAUUUCAUUCAUAUUAAAUUUUCUGAAAUAAAGUUUCUAGUACAUCAUACACUUCAAUAAGUACUCAUUAAACUAAGAGGUUAUCUAUUCCAAAUGACAAUUAAAUUAUUAAAUAAUGACUGAAAUCAAACCAAAGCCUUCACUUAAAAUAUAAUGAUCACUCAAAA